CCCACUCGCUAAUCAUGAUGAAGCUGAUAAUGAAGUGAGUGGUCAUUUGAUCUCAUGCAUCGCAAAACCAUUAGAACAAAAAUCGUUAAAUAUAAGAUAUGAUUUUUUUUUUUUUAAUUUCAUCAUAAAAUUAUGGAACAUUUUUUCGGGAAAUUUUCUCUCAGAUUCUACCUCGUUUCUUUGAUCUCCAUUUUUGAACGAGUAAGUCCGAUGCUUUUCAUUUCUCUAACUUUGCUUCUCCUUUGCGUACGACAACUCCAUUUUCCUGCAAUUUAGUGAUAUAUCUAGGUUAUUGUGAAAUUAUCAGAUUGGAUUCCAAUGCUUUCAAUGUUUAUAGUUUUCAAAUCCAGAUUCAUUAGAAAUUACUAAUUGUAUGAGCAAAUCUGUGAUUUAAUUUUUCUAGUGGGGGUUGAAUUAUCAUAAAAUUUGAAGUGUUGAUAUCGUUGGUUGAUUUGGAAGACUGCAUUUUAGAGGAGAAAGGUUGCAAAUGGGAUUUCCAAACAAUUUUGGAGCCAAAUUGCUAAUUUUGCUUUUUGGUCGCCAUCAGUGGGAUUGUUAGAGACUAGUAAUCUCGAUAAUUUGGAGGCUAAAUUUCAGAGCGGUAAUAAGGACUAGAGAUUGGAUUAUUUGCUUUUUGAUGGGGAACACAUGUGUAGGACCACAGAAUGGAUUUUUACAAUCUGUUACUGCUGCUGUUUGGCGUACGCAGCCACCGAAUAGGCUGCCGGCUCCUUCCAAAGAGGAAAACAGCGAAAAAGAUGAUGAAUCAAAAAAAUCUGAGGGUUCUAAGAAAGGAUCGGACAAAGACAAUGCCUCAAGUCAAAGUGUCCCACCUGAAACUGUUGUGAUCCCAAAUGGAACACCACCUAAAGUGUUGGACAGUGAAAAAUCGAUUAAGCCGGAGAUGAGGGAUGCAGGGGUCCAUAAGCCUCCGGAGGAACCGAAGCCCAAGAAGAAACCCAGUAAUGUGAAGAGAAGUUCGAGUGCUGGGCUUCAAGCGGACUCUGUGUUAGGAAGGAAAACUGGGAAUCUGAAGGAGAUUUAUAGCUUGGGGAGGAAGCUUGGACAAGGGCAAUUUGGGACAACAUAUCUCUGUAUCGAGAAGGCAACUGGGAGAGAGUUUGCUUGCAAAUCAAUUGCAAAGAGGAAGUUGACUGUGGACGAUGAUGUUGAGGAUGUUAGGAGGGAAAUUCGGAUAAUGCACCAUUUGGAGGGUCACCCCAAUGUGAUAAAGAUUUUUGAUGCUUAUGAGGAUGCUGUCGCAGUUCAUGUUCUUAUGGAACUUUGUGCUGGCGGGGAACUUUUUGAUAGAAUUAUUCAGAAAGGGCAUUAUACUGAGAGAAAGGCUGCUGAGCUGGCAAGGGUGAUCGUUGGCGUUGUCGAAGCAUGCCAUUCUUUAGGUGUUAUGCACCGGGACUUGAAGCCUGAGAAUUUUUUGUUUGUCGAUCACGAAGAGGAUGCACCGCUUAAAACAAUAGACUUUGGGCUCUCAAUUUUCUUCAGGCCAGGCGAAACUUUCUCUGAUGUAGUUGGAAGCCCCUACUAUGUAGCCCCAGAAGUAUUGCAAAAACAUUAUGGUCCAGAAUGUGAUGUUUGGAGUGUUGGGGUUAUCAUUUAUAUUUUGUUAAGUGGUGUUCCCCCAUUUUGGGAUGAAACGGAACAAGGAAUAUUUGAACAGGUUUUAAGAGGUGAACUAGACUUCUUAUCAGAACCAUGGCCUAGUGUAUCUGAAAGUGCAAAAGAUCUGGUCAGAAGAAUGCUUGCGAGGGACCCUAAAAAGCGAUUGACGGCCCAUCAAGUUCUCCGCCACCCUUGGGUUCAGGUGGAUGGUGUUGCCCCUGAUAAACCUCUUGAUUCUGCAGUUCUUAGUCGCCUGAAGCAAUUCUCAGCCAUGAACAAACUCAAGAGAAUUGCUAUUCGAGUCAUAGCUGAAAGCCUGUCUGAAGAAGAAAUUGCAGGUCUAAAAGAAAUGUUCAAGAUGAUAGAUGCUGACAAUAGUGGACAUAUUACUCUUGAGGAACUGAAGAAUGGAUUAGAACGAGUGGGAGCUAAUCUCAAGGACUCUGAGGUUGCUGGGUUGAUGCAAGCAGCAGAUAUUGACAACAGCGGUACCAUAGACUACAGUGAAUUCAUAGCAGCAAUGCUUCAUAUAAACAAGAUUGAAAAGGAAGAUCAUCUAUUUGCAGCCUUCUCAUACUUUGAUAAAGAUGGGAGUGGGUACAUCACUCAAGAUGAGCUCCAACAGGCUUGUGACCAAUUUGGCUUGGGAGAUGUUCACCUGGGAGAUCUAAUACGUGAAAUUGACAAAGAUAAUGAUGGACGCAUUGAUUACAAUGAAUUUGUGGAUAUGAUGCAAGACACUCGCUGGAAGACCUGAAGACAAAAUAACUAAUGUAUUGGAUUGGAAGAUGCCUUCAAGUGGUAGCACUGGACCUGGUAUGUCAAUGGUGUCAGAAGUUAAUAUUGUAGCUUCCAACUAGCAUUUCUGUGACAAGUUAAACAGAUAUGGAGUGCAUCCUAUUGUAAAGUUUAGGCAGGUUUCCAAGAGGGUGAGAGAAUGAGCGUGUGCAUCCCAUUGUAAAGUUCAGGCAGGCUUCCAAGAGGCGUGAGAGAAUGAGAAUCUUUUUUCUAUUUUGGUAUUUUCUUGUAUUUACUUUUAUGUUGACUAUUGAGGAUAAAAUUAGAUUGCAUUUCCAAGUUCAGAGCAUCAUUAUUC